AUGUACUUGUUUCUGAACAGAGGAGGUCGUGGUGGUGGUUACAAAGAACUUGAUGAAGAAGAAUUAGAGGAAACCAAGCGACGUCGUCGGAAGGCUGAAGAAGAUGAUGGUGAGUUGUAUGAUGAGUUUGGCAAUGUCAAGAAAAAGUUCCGUGCUAAAACACAACAAGCUGAAGCUGGGCAGGUGCUUCCAGGUGCUGGACGUGCUGGAUGGGAUGUUGAGGAACUAGACAUGGGAGAGAGAGAAGCAGAGAUAGGGGAAGGGAUUGGGAUGAUAGGCAAAGCAGCAAGAAUAGGUAUCAUGAUGAUAAAGAGAGGCACCGAAAUCAGAGUAGAGAGAGGGAUCUAGGUAAAUAUAGAAACUGGGAUUAUAAUCAUGAUCGAGACAGAAUAUGGACGAGACAAAGACAGAAGCAGGUAUUGUCAUUGAGGUUUCAAGGAAUACCUAGGGGUUCUGUAGCCUCGUCUUUUUUAAUAGGAGUGGCAAAUUUUCAUUUCUUGGAGAGUUUUAGCAUAAGAACUUUACAUGGGAUGAUUUAGCAUCUUAAGCAAAUUGAUUCUGGGAUUAUGUUCACUUGUUCUUCAUGGUAUAUUUCUUGCUAUUGUGAUAUGCGCUGUAUUUUAAGAUUUUCUUGGAACCUUGUAUUGCUUGGAUCAAUUAGGAAGGCUGGUUGCCAGGUCAGAACAUGGAUUGCAUUGCCACGUCUCUUUAAUAUUUUUAUCAUUCAAGAGUGGU